GGACUCCCUCCCUCUAAAACCACUCUGUGUGGGGAACAUGACAGCCAGACCAAAGCUCAGAGGGUCCAUCAGCAGAGAGCUGACUCUCCUGGAACUAGACCUGGACCUGGACCCAGCUGUGUGUCCAUGAAGAGUGACCAGUCUAUGGGAACCCCAUUAACAUUCAAAGAUGGACUUCAGUCUUUUGGGGUCCAUCAGCAAAGAGCUGACUCUCCUGGACCUGGACCUGGACCUGGAACUAGACCUGGACCUGGACCAAGCUGUGUGUCCAUGAAGAGUGACCAGUCUAUGGGAACCCCAUUAACAUUCAAAGAUGGACUUCAGUCUUUUGGGGUCCAUCAGCAGAGAGCUGACUCUCCUGGACCUGGACCUGGAACUAGACCUGGACCUGGACCUGGACCCAGCUGUGUGUCCAUGAAGAGUGACCAGUCUAUGAGAAGCCCUUUAACAUUCAAAGAUGGACUUCAGUCUGUUAAACUAAGAGUUCAGCAACAGAGAUCCCAAGUGAUCCCAAGAGACCUGGACCCCAUAUUUAAGCUGCUUGAGAAGAACAUUGUCAGCUUUAUGAAGAGCGAGCUGAAGAAGAUGCAAAAGGUCCUCAGUCCAGAUUACCCAGAAGGCUCUGCGGGUCAGAAGGAAGAUGAGGAGGUGUUGGACGGUGAGGAUGAAGAGCAGAUGAGGAGCAGCGGGGAAGCAUUUCUGAAGAUCACACUAAACCUCUUGAGAAGAAUGAAGCAGGAGGAGCUGGCUGACUGUCUGCAGAGCAAAACUAGUGCUGCAGUGUGCCAACAUGAACUCAAGUCUAACCUGAAGAAGAAGUUCCAGUGUGUGUUUGAGGGGAUCCCUAAAGCAGGGAACCCAACCCUCCUGAACCAGAUCUACACAGAGCUCUACAUCACAGAGGGAGGGACUGCAGAGGUCAAUGAGGAGCACGAGGUCAGACAGAUUGAAACAGCAUCCAGGAAACCACACAGACCAGAAACACCCAUCAGACAAGAAGACCUCUUCAAAGCCUCGUCUGGAAGAGAGGAACCAAUCAGAACAGUGAUGACAAAGGGAGUGGCUGGGGUUGGGAAAACAGUCCUAACACAGAAGUUCACUCUGGACUGGGCUGAAGACAAAGCCAACCAGGACAUCCAGUUCAUGUUUCCAUUCACGUUCAGAGAGCUGAAUGUGCUGAAAGAGAAGCAGUUCAGCUUGGUGGAACUAGUUCAUCACUUCUUCACUGAAACCAGAGAAGCAGCAAUCUGCAGGUUUGAAGAGUUCCCGGUUGUGUUCAUCUUUGACGGUCUGGAUGAGUGUCGACUUCCUCUGGACUUCCACAACAAUGAGGUCCUGACUGAUGUCACAGAAUCCACCUCAGUGGAUGUGCUGCUGACAAACCUCUUCAGGGGGAAACUGCUUCCCUCUGCUCGCCUCUGGAUAACCACACGACCUGCAGCAGCCAAUCAGAUCCCUCCUGACUGUGUUGGCUUGGUGACAGAGGUCAGAGGGUUCACUGACCCACAGAAGGAGGACUACUUCAGGAAGAGGUUCAGAGAUGAGGAGCAGGCCAGCAGGAUCAUCUCCCACAUCAAGACCUCCCGUAGCCUCCACAUCAUGUGCCACAUCCCAGUCUUCUGUUGGAUCACUGCUACAGUUCUGGAGGACGUGUUGAAGACCACAGAGGGAGGAGAGCUACCCAAGACCCUGACUGAGAUGUACAUCCACUUCCUGGUGGUUCAGUCCAAAGUGAAGAAGGUCAAGUUCGAUGGAGGAGCUGAAACGGAUCAACACUGGAGUCCAGAGAGCAGGAAGAUGACCGAGUCUCUGGGAAAACUGGCUUUUGAUCAGCUGCAGAAAGGGAACCUGAUCUUCUAUGAAUCCGAGCUGACAGAGUGUGGCAUCGAUAUCCGAGCAGCCUCAGUGUACUCAGGAGUGUUCACACAGAUCUUCAGAGAGGAGAGAGGACUGUACCAGGCCCAGGUGUUCUGCUUCGUCCAUCUGAGUGUUCAGGAGUUUCUGGCUGCUCUUCAUGUCCAUCUGACCUUCAGCAACUCUGGUGUCAACCUGAUGGCAGAAAAACAACCAAGACCUAAAGGCCUUGGUUGGCCUAAAGUAUUGAGAGCAGAACCUAAACUAAAACAUCUCUACCAGAGUGCUGUGGACAAGGCCUUACAGAGUCCAAAUGGACACCUGGACUUGUUCCUCCGCUUCCUCCUGGGUCUUUCCCUGGAGACCAAUCAGACUCUCCUACGAGGUCUGCUGACACAGACAGGAAGUAGCUCACUGACCAAUCAGGAAACAGUCCAGUACAUCAAGAAGAAGAUCAGUGAGAAUGUUUCUCCAGAGAAAAGCAUCAAUCUGUUCCACUGUCUGAAUGAACUGAAUGAUGGUUCUCUGGUGGAGGAGAUCCAACAGUCCCUGAGAUCAGGACGUCUCUCCAUAGAUAAACAGUCUCCUGCUCAGUGGUCAGCUCUGGUCUUCAUCUUACUGUCAUCAGAAAAAGAUCUGGAGGUGUUUGACCUGAAGAAAUACUCUGAUUCAGAGGAGGCUCUUCUGAGGCUGCUGCCGGUGGUCAAAGCCUCCAACAAAGCUGUGCUGAGUGGCUGUAAACUCUCAAAGAGAAGCUGUGGAGCUCUGUCCUCAGUCCUCAGCUCCCAGUCCUCUAGUCUGAAAGACCUGGACCUGAGUCACAACAAGCUGCAGGAUUCAGGAGUGAAGCUUCUCUCUGCUGGACUGGAGAGUCCACACUGUGCACUUGAACAUCUCAGUCUGUCAGACUGUCAGAUCUCAAAGGAAGGCUGUUCUUCUCUGGGAUCAGCUCUGAAGUCAAACCCCUCCAGUCUGAGAAAACUGGAUCUGAGUGGAAACCAGCUGCAGGAUUUAGGAGUGAAGCUGCUGAGUGGUUUUCUGGAGAGUCCACAUUGUAGUCUGGAGACU